UCUACUUGUCUGUGGUUUCUGGUUGAAGACAAAUGUGUAUUUAACAGAGUGGACCUAAAUCAUCCGCAGCAAACCAAAUAAAUCAACAGAGGUUUUUCAGUCUCGUCGUGCUAAGACUUUUCAAAUAAGAUGUUCAGACGUAUCCUUCUGGCCACCCUGCUGAUAUGCUCAGUUUGUGCUCUUGAUCUGGAAUUGCACAGAGGAGACUUUCCUGGAGAUGAACUUGAACGCUUGGGCAAGCUGGCACAAAGCGAACAACUCCCUGGAUUGUGCUGGGCUUGCAAGUGGGCCAUGGGGAAGUUGAAACGCCUAGUCUCCACUAAAUCAACUCAGGGCGAAAUAAGAACAAUGCUGUCGCACGUCUGUGAUGAGAUCGGGUUCCUUAAAUACCUGUGUAGGACAUUUGUGGCAAGGUAUAUAAACACUCUGGUCGAAGAACUUUCAACUACUGAUAAUGCAAGAACCAUCUGUGUUAACAUCGGUGUUUGCUAAAACGCUUUGUAUCGAAGAAAUGCAAAAUGUCAUUUUUUUUCUAUGUUUUUCAAGUGCACUCUUUAGCUGGAAAAAAAUGGAUGACAUUCUGCACUUUAGAGCUAAUGGUGUGAUUAUUGUGGUUUUGUAUUUCACACUAUCUGUCGCUGCAACUGAAGGUGGAAAUGACGAAGUUAUUUGCAUAUGUUUCACGUAUCCUCAGCUUUACGCCACUGUAUUUUCCUGCUAUUAACUGCAAAAUAAAUGUGUGAACAACAAACUUUCA